AUGCUGUUAAACGCGUUUCGUAUGUCAAGACUGAUGGCAACACAAAACUUCUCGGAUGGGAAAUUGAUGGCUGCCAGGAUGUUGCAGUUUCAAGACGGCGUCAUCCGUGGAUAUUGCUUUCCUGAAGCCGUGCUGGUUGGGCGACAGGCCACCUCUGGACGUAAUGUGUUCCUCCAACCUUGCCACAAGCAUCGUCUCGAACACCUUACCGACGAAAUUUAG